GUGGGGAAAUUGCUAUUUUAAUGGUUACGAUUUAUGAAUACCCUCCUGUUAUUACCUAAGGUUAAAUUAAAUUGUCAAUUUUUAAAUAAUAUGAUUUAAGCUAACCUAAAAUUAUGACGGUUUCUUUUACGGUUGUCGGCAAUCAGCGUGUGUCCAAAGUUACCUUGCCCACGUUAAAAGUAAAGAAAACAACGGGCCUGUGUAAUCUGUGUAAUUUAUAUUUACCAUUUGUUUUAAUGAUCUAUGGCGGUUUUGUUACCCUACUGGGCAUAUCUUCAAUUACAUCCUAACCUCUUAGAUUCCGGUUGUUUUAAACAACAUGCCUAAAAUCAGAGCGGAGAAGAAAAGUCGUGUCCACAAAGAUGUCGCAAGACAAGGGAUUAUGUUCAACAAAGAUUUCGGACAGCACAUUCUUAAAAACCCGAUGGUCAUUACCGCCAUGAUCCAAAAAUCCGGACUGCGACCGACAGACACCGUUUUAGAAAUCGGUCCUGGUACUGGUAAUAUGACGGUGCAGCUAUUGGAACAAGUGAAAAAGGUCAUCGCCUGUGAAAUCGACACUAGAUUAGUGGCGGAACUGCAGAAAAGGGUGCAGGGGACGCAUCUGAAACCCAAACUUGAAAUUCUAGUGGGGGACGUUCUGAAAAUGGAGUUACCAAAUUUCAACAUAUGCGUGGCGAACAUUCCUUACCAGAUUUCGUCGCCGCUGGUUUUCAAAUUACUUCACAGACCUUUCUUCCGGUGUGCCGUGCUCAUGCUCCAAAAGGAGUUUGCCCAACGCUUGGUGGCGAAAGCGGGAGAUAAAUUGUACUGUAGACUUUCAGUGAAUACGCAACUGUUGGCUGUGAAUACGCAACUGUUGGCUAGGGUCGACAUGUUAAUGAACGUAGGUAAAAAUAAUUUUAGGCCGCCACCGAAAGUGGAGUCGGCAGUGGUUAGAAUUGAACCUAGGAAUCCCCCGCCUCCGAUUGUGUACGCUGAAUGGGAUGGUCUUACGAGAAUCGCAUUUACUAGAAAGAACAAGACCUUGGGUAGUGCAUUUAAGCAGACAUCUGUUAUUGCGGCGCUCGAGAAAAAUUACAAAGUGCACUGCAGCUUAAAUAAUUUGGAAAUUCCCGAUGAUUUCCACAUGAAGGAAAAAAUUGAGGAGGUAAUAACGAAAGCGGACGCUUCCGAGAAAAGAGCCAGGACUAUGGAUUUAGAUGAUUUUAUGACGUUAUUGCAUGCCUUUAACAGUGAAGGAAUUCAUUUUUCAUAGUUUUCUUAAUUACAGCAUAGGUCUGUAAGUUUCAAUUGUUUUGACACAACUACAGAUGCAAAAUGUUCAUUUGUCUGGAUUUUAGCUGGAAACUGGUGAUUUUUUUUUUGUUGAUACAUAUAUUACCUAUAUGUCUUUGUAAAUAAAGUAAUAAUAAAUGAUG